CUAAAGUGUUGUACCACAAGGGUUCCUCGCCCCAUACUGGUGAUCACAAUGGUUUCCCGCAGCGCUGCAUUGUUAAAGCUUUGGUUUCUGUCAGUUGUCCUGGCUUAUGCACAACCGUCGGCAUGUCCCAGCUCUAGCUUUUCCUGUGGCACUGGCGCGUGUAUCCCGCCCACGUGGCGCUGUGAUGGGGAAAAUGACUGUGUAAAUGGCCGAGAUGAGGCUGAUUGUCAAAGCAAUCCGUCUACAGCUUGCCUGGCAGAUGAGUUUGCGUGCGCAAGCGGAAGUGGGUGCAUUCCAGUCAGACACGAGUGUGAUGGAGAUGAAGACUGUGCGGAUGGGAGUGACGAAGAUGAUUGCGGUGCAACCACUACUGAUGAUACUUGUGACCAGGACUUCACGCCCUGUGAAUCAGAUAAUAAUCACUGUGUUGGAAAUGAAUUUUGGUGUGAUGGCGAAGCUGACUGCACUGACGGCAGCGAUGAAAGGAAUUGCACAGAGUCAGUAGUUUGCCCUCCAAUGGAGACGCUUUGUGCUGACGGAAACGGAUGUUUUGAGGAACGUUGGCGAUGUGAUGGCGAAUACGACUGCGACGACGGCAGCGACGAGGGUCCAGAAUGCGUACAGACUUGCCCGCCCAACCAAACCAUGUGUCCUGACAUGGAUCAGUGCAUGCCCAACAGUUGGCUGUGUGAUGGAGAAACAGACUGCAGCGAUGGCCGAGACGAGGAAGACUGCGGAACCAAGACGUGCUCGCCCAAGACGUUCCAGUGCUCGACAGAGACAGGCAACCGUUGUAUACCAUCAUCAUGGGUGUGUGAUUCAGAAAACGACUGCCCUGAAGGGGAUGAUGAAGAAGACUGUUCUUCUGGAUCCACUUUGAAGAGGCUGCUUCGAGGCUGAGUAAUCAAUAAAACCGAAAUCAUAAUUAAACCGAAUUGAUUUUGGUUUGUUCCAAUAUUGGUGACUACGGACUACUAAGCUCAUGACAUGGUUGUUUUCUACCAAUGUACAUAAACAAACGCCUCUGAAACCACUGCCGGUGGAAGGGUCAUAUUUCCGUUUAUGGUUUGGUCGUCCGCCUCUCAUAAUACAGCGGCUGAUGUGGAUUCAGGCAACUGAAGUUCUCCGAUACCUCAAGCGCAAUAACGGUGUGACGGCAUGCAUGUACCUAGUACAUGUAGAUUUGGAAAUAAAUAUUUUCCAACAUU